GCUCUAAUACACGGUCAUUGUCACGGCACAAGUCAAACCGUACCACCAUAUACACAGAAACAUGGGGACGAUACCAACAUACGUCAUCCUGUUGCUAGUGGCAACAUGUAGGAACGCACAAUCAGAGGACAAUGAGCCGAAAGUUGAGAACUUCGGAACUGUGAUCGGAAUAGAUCUGGGAACAACCUACUCCUGCGUGGGGGUGUACCGGAGAGGCCGUGUGGAGAUCAUCCCCAAUGAACAGGGGAACAGAAUCACCCCCUCCUACGUAGCGUUCACUCCGGAUGGGGAGAGGCUGAUAGGAGACGCCGCAAAGAACCAACUGACCACAAACCCCGAGAACACCAUCUUUGACGUCAAACGUCUGAUUGGACGUCCCUGGAAUGACAAGUCUGUGCAGCAUGAUAUACAGUAUUAUCCGUUCAAGGUAAUAAAGAAGGAAAACAAACCAUACGUCAAGGUUAGAGUUGGGUCAGAGGACAAGGUGUUCGCUCCCGAGGAGAUCUCGGCGAUGGUGUUGUCAAAGAUGAAGGAGAUAGCAGAGACGUACCUGGGCAAGAACGUCACCCACGCUGUCGUCACCGUCCCCGCCUACUUCAACGACGCCCAGAGGAGAGCAACCAAAGACGCCGGCACCAUCGCUGGACUCACCGUCCUCCGUCUGAUCAACGAACCAACCGCUGCUUCUAUAGCGUACGGCCUUGACAAGUCCGACGGUGAAAAGAACAUUCUGGUGUUUGACUUGGGAGGGGGAACGUUUGACGUGUCAAUCCUUACAAUCGACCAUGGCGUGUUUGAGGUGGUGGCCACCAAUGGAGACACACAUCUAGGAGGCGAAGACUUCGACCAGAGAGUGAUGGAAUUUUUCAUUAAGCUGUACAAGAAGAAGACCAAACGAGACCUACAUAAGGACAGCAGGGCCAUCCAGAAACUGCGUCGUGAGGUGGAGAAGGCGAAGAGAGCCCUGUCAUCCCAGCAUCAGACUCGGGUGGAGAUUGAGUCUAUCAUGGGUGGUCAUGAUUUCUCCGAAGUCCUCACUAGAGCUAAACUGGAGGAACUGAACAUGGAUCUGUUUAAAUCGACUCUGAAACCCGUGAGGUCGGCCCUUGAGGAUGGGAGCCUGAAGGUGUCGGACAAGGACAUCGUUCUGGUCGGCGGCUCCACCAGGAUUCCAAAGAUUCAGCAGCUGGUGAAGGAGUUCUUUAGUGGAAGGGAACCUACAAGGGGCAUCAACCCAGACGAGGCUAUAGCCUACGGAGCAGCCGUUCAGGGAGGAGUCCUCGGUACUGACGAAAACAGCAAAACUCCGGACUUGCUAAUCCUCGACGUCAAUUCCUUGAGUCUCGGCAUCGAGACAGUUGGAGGCGUCAUGUCAAAGAUCAUCAGUCGGAACACAGCCAUCCCUUCCAAGAAGACACAGCAGUUUACAACAAUAGAGGACGACCAGGAUGUGCUGGAGGUCCUUGUCUACGAAGGCGAGAGAGCCAUGACGAAGGACAACCAUAUCCUCGGGAAGUUUGAACUAAAGGGAAUUCCUCCAGCGGCCAGAGGGGACCCCCAGAUCGAUGUUACAUUUGAGAUAGACGUGAAUGGCAUAUUGACGGUCACGGCCGAGGACAUAGGAACGGGAAACAAGAAUAAUAUUGUCAUUCAGAAUGACGAAAACAGACUGUCGCCAGAAGACAUGGAAAAAAUGAUUCACGAUGCUGAGGAAUUUGCUGAGGAAGAUAAGAGAGUGAAGGAGAGGACUGACGCGAGAAAUGAUCUUGAUCAUUACGUGUAUUCUUUAAGAAACCAAAUCAACGACAAAAGUAAACUUGGAGGCAAAUUAGGCACUGGAGAUAAAUCGACGAUCGAGAAAGCUGUAGCCGCAUCUAUUAAAUGGAUGGAUAGUCACGAGGAUGCUUCAGCUGAAGACUAUCAGAAACAGAAGACGGAACUGGAGGAUGUCGUCAGGCCGAUCACGAGUAAGCUCUACGAAGCAGCCGGAGAAGAGCCUGAAGAAGAGAAAGAAGACAAGUCUUCCCACCCUCACGAAGACUUAUAACGGA